CUACUUAUUGGCAUAGACUUGAGAAUUGCCCAGAAUCAUCCCUGUUAUACAGUGCUUAUACAGAGAAUAUCAAUCUGAUCAAUAUUCUUUAUACAUGAUGACCCGAAUGAUAAAAAAGGACAUGCAUGUUGACAUGACUUUUACAGAGGAAUCACUGAAUCAAUAUCUUAACAGGAAAUGUACACACCUUUCACCACUAUACGGGCUAUUCACAUUUCAACAGCAAUUGUCCUGUUGCACCAGGGGAGACGUCUGUCGCACUAAAAAUAGAAUUUGGAUUGAAAGUGUAAACAACGAACGACCAUGCUCAUCAUUGAAUUCCUGAAGACGGUAUGGUCCUGGUUUUUCUACGAGAAGAGAGAACAUGAUACCUCGACCGAUCCACAUAACAAGCGGCCAAAAUCUGAAAAUCUCUGCUUCAGGACAUUUCUAAAUCGACCCGAAGUGGAAGAAGUCAUCGCCACUGACUGUCAACCACUCUGGCGGAUAAAUAUUUGGAACAGACAGGUCUUCUUCAGUGGGGACGAUAAAUGCAUUAAACGCAUCGACCAGACACUGCAAACCUGCAAAUAUGAAGUAGCAUCUUUAUCAGGAAACUCUCCAGAUGAUUUUGCGAUAGAGAAAUCGGGUGAAAUUGUUUAUGCAGACUGGCAAGAAAGAACAGUUUGUCGUCUUACUAAUGGUGCUGUAGAAACUAUCAUAAAUAUCGGAGCCUGGAAACCAUGGGCUCUCUGUUGUACUGUCGCCGGAGAUAUUUUGGUCGCCAUGCGUUCUAGGGACAUGAAGCACGCUCGAGUCGUCGGAUAUAAGGGGUCUCAGAAGACACGAGAAUACAGAUUUGACAACAAUGGCCAUCCACUGUACGCUUCUCCAAUAUUCAUUGUAGAAAACAAUAACCAAGAUGUCUGUGUAUCUGAUGCCGAUUAUAAUCGCGUUACCGUCGUAGACCAAAACGGACGUUUCAAAUUUCACUAUAAUGGACGACAGGUUUCUACAUUAUAUCCAACAUUCUAUCCUAAAGGCCUAGCUACGGAUAGUCAGUGCAAUAUCUUGGUCGCCGACCAGCAAAAUAACUGUAUCCACAUCCUGGAUCGUGUUGGUCAGUUGGUCAGCUUUAUUGCGGACAGUUCUCUGGACGAACCCUAUUGUCUAUGUGUUGGAAGUGAAGACGAGUUAUUUGUCGGAGAGUAUCAUCAGGGAAAGAUAAAGAAAUUAAAAUAUCUGCAGUGAACCGUCUGUAGCGUGGGAUUUAUGAUGAAUGACUCACUGUUUCGAUUAAAUUACCUUAAGGUCACAGACAACUUACCUUUUAUUACUAAUAUCUUCCCAAUCUAAUUAAAAUCAGAUCCUAGGAUACGCUCACAAUCGCUAUAAGUAUCCGGCGCGGAUCUAAGAAGUUUGAUUUUAACUAGAUUGAAUAUAUUCCCUAUAUGAAUGAAAUGAAAAAGUCUGGAAAAAAAUCAAAUCAUGCAAGUCUCGAGUAUUUCAACGGAAAUCAAUUCAAAAAUGUGACUGAUA